AUGCGUGCAACUCAGAGUCGGCAAAAGUCCUAUGCAGAUAAAAGAAGAUGGCUGCUUGAGUUUGAGAUCACGCAUAGAAUUGGACCUGCCGUAUACGAGAUUGCCUUGCCACCUCACUUCGCGAAUCUACACAAUGUCUUCCAUUAUCCACAGCUAAGGAAGUACAUUGCAGAUCCUACACAUGUACUAGAGCAAGAUGAUGUCCAAGUGCGCGAGGACCUGACGGUCGGAGUUGGACCAGUGAUAAUCUUGGAUUCUCAAGUCAAACAACUCAGAAGGAAGAAGAUCCAAACUGUGAAGGAUCUCUAG